GGUAACUGCCUCAACAUGUCACGAGAUUUCUUUCACGCAGACAAUCACCCUGUGUGGCUGAAGCAGACAUUCGGGACCUAGGGAGCUCGUGGCACUCAGCAGCUGCCAUUUUGAUCACGUCGUCGCUUUUCAUUCCAACAGGAAAAAAGAAAUGGCAUUCCUUCUCAAUAAUUCCACCAUCUCUUCUCACUUUCGAUCUCAAUCUCAGACACAGGAUUCACUCUCUCUUUCGCGUCGUGGUUUCCACGUCGAACCUGGGGUUCGCGAGAAAGCUCUUUUGGCAGAAGAUCCAGUUCUUAAGCGAUUCAAAUCACACAAGAAGAGUGUGUGGAGACUCAAAAGAGUUGGAGAUGUUCUCACAAUUGUGGUUGUAGCAGGCUGUUGCUAUGAAAUUUAUGUCAAAGCAGUAAUGCGGGAGGAGGCUCGAAGAAAGGAAGGGGAAAGUAGUGCAUAAAGGAGCAUGCAACUAUGUAAAAUUCCAUUUCAUUGCUCAUGACAUCUCCAGAUCUUUCAUGAUUUUAUCUCGGUAUUGAAUAAGCAGAACAAUCACUCUUCUUGUAAUCAAACGCUUUUUCUCAAGAGUUGUUAAUCGUGUUUUCUGUUAGCAUUAAAUCAUGAUUAAAACUUGUGUUUGAUACACAUGCAGAACAUUACAGAUACGUGUAGUUCUGUUGGGUAUGAAAUCCUUUAUGAUACUGUAAUUUUUUGUUGUCCUGUUGAGUCCUGGGGAAAAAAGAUGGUUUUGGAUUCAUAA